AUGGCACGAUGCUGGGAGGGCCAAGGCGUGCUGCACCGAUGCGUUGCGCUGCUACUCGUGGUAUGUCUACUGGCUUCGACGACGCUGGCCAAGCAGUUGACUGUCCUAGUGCAGCCGCUGACGUCCACAGCGGGCGAGCCGCUAUCAGUGCAGCCUGUGCUGGCGCUCACCGACGAUAGCGGCAACAUUCUCACGACUGAAAGUAGCGGCACGGUCUCGGUGAGCAUCGGCAACAGCCCGUCUCGGUUCGCAGUCGUUUACCCGUCGGGGGCUGCCUUUUCGUUCGUGAAUGGCAUCGCUCAUUGUUCAGGGCUGUACAUUAAUGAGGCCAAUGUGGGCUUCACACUCGUGUUCUCGUCUUACUAUCAUGGCGUGCGAGCGGAAACAUCAAGCUUUGACGUCGUCGUGGGCCCCAGGUACAGGCUUGCGAUUCUUGCCGAUAUCAGUACGGCGUAUGGUGGUACUCCCUUUUUGCCGCAGCCAACCGCAGGCGUGGUGGACAAAGGCGGCAACCUUGUCACGGCAACAAGCGAAGGCUCGGUGCGGAUUGAGAUUGAAGUAAACCCCGUGGGGGGCGUCUUGCAACCAGCCGCCCUUCUGAAUGUGUCCAUCGUUAGCGGUAUCGCUCGGUUUCGCGGCGCAUUUAUUGACGUCGCUGGAUCUCCCUACGAGCUUCGCUACACGACGGAUCUUGUACUAGCUGGAGGAAGUACGGUGGUCACGAAUCCUUUCACGGUGGCAGCAGGUGUUUGUAACAAGCUUAACUUGACAAGCUCGCCGGGUACAUCAAGGGGUGGCAAGGCAUUUUUGAUGCAGCCAGUGCUCAAGCUGCUUGAUUCGGGCGGAAAUAUUUUGCAGGCGGACAGCUCAAGUAUUAUACGCGUGACAAUUGCCGCUAACCCCUCUCGUGGUACGCUCACGCCAACGGAUGCUCUCACAGCCAAGGUGCAGAAAGGAAUUGCUAUUUUCCGUAGCCUGAAAAUUGACAAAGCGGGCAAUGGGUAUUCUCUUCGGUUUACACUGUACAACAAAGUGGAGGGCAAAAAUACUUGGAAGAAGUCGGACGUUGUCCAGGUCUCAAAGACGUUCGACGUGCUUACUGGGACCCCGGUAUCAUUGUAUCUGCAGCGUAAUCUCUCCGAUGGUGUUUUGGAUGGCCAGCCCAAUGAAGAGCAGCCGAUUGUGGCGCUGCUGGACUCCGGUGGCAACGUGGUAACUUCUCUUGAGACAGGAACCGUCACAGCAUCUCUCGUUUCCAGUGCUUCCGUAAGCUCGAGCGUUGUUGUUGAUACGUCUACGGCCCCUCUUUUGACUGUUGUGAACGUGCGCGCUUUGAUCAACUCGACCUAUCCGAUGCCUUAUGGUGUUGGCGCACGUGUAUCCGUUCAAGUCACAUUUUCUGACGAGGUAUCCAUAAAGGGUGCCCCAACGUUAGAACUGGCGACAUCAACAAACGGAGCUGGGGCCAACGGCAAAGCGGUCGCAGUCGCAACAACCACGGUUUGGUCCAGCACGUUUGCUUUCGAGUAUGACGUUGUGGUCACCGACAAGACUGCUGAUCUGGAGUAUACAUCUACCACAGCUUUGUCGCUCAAUGGUGGCAUGAUCUCGGACCGGAAUGGCAAAACACCGAUUCUCGCGCUGCCAGCUUUGGGCAGUGCGAAUUCUCUAUCUGGAACCAGCGCAGUCGUGAUCGAUACGACAGCCCCAGUGAUCACGUCUGUGACGUGUGCCAGCCCUGGCGAUGGUGAAUAUGGAACCGGACAGCAAAUUAACCUGCGAGUGCAGUUUUCCCAGCCCGUGUCUGUGUACGGUAGCCCGCUGCUGCUGGUGGCGCUCACCACUGUCGGUGGCGGAGCGGGAGUACGUAAUGCGGUGUUUUCCAGCGGAAACAACACCAACGUUUUGGUGUUCGUCUACACGGUUCAAAACGGUGACAUGGCGUCAAGACUUGAUGUGACAGCUAACAUCAAUGUUAACGGCGGAUUUAUCAAGCAUUUCUCCCAGCGCCCCACGACUGAUGUAGUGGUGACAAUGUCGACGGUUCCAACCAAACUCUCCACCGCGAAUAAUAUCGUCAUUGACACAGCCAUUCCAACCAUCGAUGCGACGGUGGGCGUAACAAGCAGCACGAGUAACGGCAUCUACGCCCCCGGAGACGAGAUCAAGAUUUUGAUCACAUUUACCAAACCAGUGGCGGUGACGGGCUACCCGCGUCUAUUUCUCGAGACUGGUCCAAUUAAACGCCCUGCUGGCUAUAGUUCGGGCAGUGGCACGAAAGUGCUGACUUUUGUCUAUCGCGUAUCUGCUGGUGAUACUGCCGGGAGCGGUUUCCUGAACUAUCGAGACAACCAGGCACUGAACCUUAAUGGGGGUACGAUCUCCCGCUUUCUUGUUGGGUCAUCCGGGGCGGUAGGGGCCUCUGCAGUGAUAACCUUGACUGCUGCAACACUUGCAGGUAAGGCUCUCUCGGACAACGCUCAGCUGACUAUCGAUGGCCUCCCCCCAACAGUGACGAGGAUAUCUGUUUCCUCUGUGUCGUCUGCCCCCUCCACAACUGUUACCCGGGGCGACGAAGUUGUCAUCGGCAUUAGCUUCUCCGCUCUUGUUACUGUGGACACGACGAAAGGGACUCCGUCUCUGCUGAUGGAUGUUGGCGAUCAGAACCGCGAAGCCGUGUACAAGUCCGGGAGCGGGUCUCAGUCCCUCCUCUUCUCUUACAAAGUGAGAUUGGGGGAUCGAGCACAGCUUGGAGCAAACUAUCGUUCGCGUUCGGCUUUAGUGCUCAAUGGUGGAACAAUUCGACGAACCUCCAUGGCCCCCACACUUGACGCUUACCUGACAUUACCAGACCCGCCUUCCUUGAGCCCGCAAAUAGUCGUGGAUCGAGCUUUUGGCUUUGUGACGAAUAUCACGAGCUUCACGGCGGAUGUAGCCUCGGGCUCGUACGGCUCGAAGCAAGUUAUCACAUUGUCGAUCGUCUUCUCGGAUGAAGUGGCACUAUCCGGCACGAGCCCUCCGUCGCUGAAGAUCAACACAGGCACCGUCGUACCGUACGCGACUGGUAGCUCCACGAACACGCUGGUCUUCUUGUAUAUCGUUCAAAACGGUGAAGCGACGGCAUCCCUAGACAAGAUUGACGACAAUGCCAUACUGUGUGCUGCCCCGGCUUGUCAGAUUAUAAACUACAAUGGGGAACCCGCGAGUCUGUCGCUAACCGGGAUCAACCUCAUGCCUGCGAACAUCGUGGUAGACACCAGUGCUCCUCAAGUGGUGAGCGUGUACGCAGUCACGACAGCUCCAACAGUAAACAAUGGCGUCUUCGUUGUUGGGGACGUCAUUGAUGUCGUGGUCAAGAUGGAUCGCGAGGUCUUUAUCGAUCCGCCGCCCAGUGCGUACCCGGAUAAGGCGCCGUUGCUACUCCUGAAUACUGUUAAAGGUGGGAAACCUGUGCUGUGCAUAGGUUACGCGAACAAUGACCGCCAUGUUCUGCUUUUCAGAUACGUUGUGGAAGUGGGAGACGUCGCGGCCGACCUUGCGUACAUGGAUCAAAACGCACUGACGCUGAACAGUGGCCAGUCUUCCAUCAAACGAUUUUCGACUACUCCAACGACGGAUGCUGUUCUGACACUUCCCGUUCCAGUGCCUCUUGGAGUAUUGCUCAAGGUGAAUGGCAACACGAUCCCAGCUGUCCUGAGUGUUUCUUCAACAACUGCCAACGGACUCUACCGAUGCGGUGAUCAGAUCACUAUUACAGUGUUCUUUAGCCAACACGUCAUUGUGAAAGGGGGACCCUUCUUGUGGUUAGACAUGGGGGCAGUUGCGCGCAAGGCACUGUACAAUGGUGGAAGUGGCUCCACGGUGCUCACGUUCAUUUACACGGUUCAAGAAGGAGACUACUCCGUGGAUAUGGAGUACGUGGAUCAUCACUCGCUUGAUUCGACCACUAGCGUUAGUGAUACGAUUGCAACGGCGAUCCUGCACCUGUCAACGAAUCCAACGACGGUGGCGGAUGUUGAUCUUCCUUUCCCUUUCACACAGGGCAGUCUCAGCUUCAACAAGAACCUCCAGGUUAAUGGCCGCAAACCCAGCAUCGUAUCGACCCGGUUUGUGUCUCCUGAUGGUCUGUACAAAGUUUCCCAGUCGGUGGUGAUGGAGGUGGCUUUCAGUUCCUGCGUCGUGAUUGACAGAGGUGCAUUGGGAGUACAAGGACCAACCCCGAGGCUACGCUUCCAGCCUACCCCGGUAUCAUCAUUAUCAGUUUCGUCUGCCACAACAAUUACGAGAUAUGGAGUUUACGUGAGUGGAAGUCCAGGUACGGCGCUGCGUUUCGAGUACUCAAUCAAAACCGGAGACACCGCGAUCGCGCUAGAUUACGCCGAUACAGCAGCCUUGGAGCUCAAUGGCGCUCGCAUCUUGACGUGCACUGCGAACGCGAACGUGGCUCCAACUCAAAGCGUCGAUCUGCACCUGAAUCCGCCUGGAGGUAGACUGCUGGGCGCUACUGUCAAGCCUGUGGUCUUCGGAAAAGCUACUUUCACGGACCUUGUGGUGGAUCGACUAGGCUUCGACUAUCACAUUAAGUUCAGCGCGCAGUACCAGACAAUGCUGGAGACGAGCGCAAGCUUUGAUGUGCUAUCUUCCGCUGUAUACGGUCUGCGUAGCUCACCGUAUGCAAGUGGUGACAGUCUCGGUUCGAGUGUCGACGUGGACGGAGACACACUCGUACUUGGUGGGCCUGGGGCAAGCGAACCUAUAUCCGCCGUGCAGAUUGUUACCGCUCUUGGAGACGCUGAGACCUACGUGAAUGAAAUCCAGGUCCUCCAAACUGUAGCACAACAACAGCCAGCGGUGCAGGUUCUUACCAGUUCCGCUGCACCGGGCGAGACAAUUGGCGGUUGGUUCUACCUGAAACUGGGUUUUAUUGGUCCCACACGUCGCUUGGCCUACAACGCUGACCCCACGCAAGUAAGCGUGGCGCUGGAGAUGGAUUUAGGCUUCGGACUUCAGACGAUAAGCGUGACACGGGAGCCAAAUACCUACUGCGCUUGUAGCAACGGAUACGUGUGGCGUAUCACAUUCUUAUAUGCAGAAGGACCCCUGGACGCAUUGACGGUGGCUAGCAGCCAGCUUACCGGAAGGUUGGCCACUAUCGGGGAUGGUAGAGGCGGAAUUGCUGCGGUUAUUGCAGUUCCCUCCACCACGCUGGGAGGAACCAUGACACUCCAGUUGGGCAAUCUCAUCACGCGAAACAUCAAGUUCAACGUGGAUGAAGCGGAGCUGACGGGGAUUUUGACGCAAGACUUGCACCUUGACGUUUGGAGUGUUUCCCGCUCGCCACCAGGUUCGAUGAAUACGUACACUUGGAGUGUUACGUUCACAGCGAGCGAUACACUUUACGAUGUGCCUCAACUGCUCCCUCAGGGUAUUCUGCUGACUGGAUAUGGUGCAAGCCUCACUGUUCGCACAGAGCGCAAUGGCCAAGGCCGUCUGUCGGGGUUCUUUCGUCUGCGGUUCCGCACAGACAUUUUCCCAAGUGAUGAGACAGGCGAUAUCCCAGUGGCUGCUACUGACCACGAUGUUGAGGUCGCACUUGAGAGUCUUGUGUCGGUGAACGAUGUGACAGUGCAGCGUUCCACGUCAAUGAACGUGUAUGGCGGGUACUCGUGGACUGUAACCUUUGUGCAGGUUAAUACCAGGAACGACUACGGGCCCGUGGUGGAUUCGUCUGGUAAUCUUCCUGCGCUUGUGCCGGUAACGACAAAGUUAAAGGGCACCAAUGCACGUGUAGCCGUACAAGUCGGUGGCUACGAACCAUCUUCCUUAACCGCAGACGGUUUAGGCACCAAUGUAGGUCUUCCAGGUGGAUCGGCUGGUAUGGUUGCUGUCUUCACGAGAGGAAAUAACGAUUGGAAGCAACAAGGCGGCACCAUCGAAGGGCACGAUACUCGCGGUGGCGACUUGUUUGGAUCGAGUGUAAGCCUGCAAGGUAACACUUUGGUUGUGGGUGCUCCAGCUGCAGCCAUCUUUGGCGAUUUCGAGAGGCAAUCGCUCUUGUGCAACGCUGACGGGGGCUACUUACGUUUUCUUUUCAAUGGAAAAGCCUCGGACCCAGUUCCUUAUGACGCAAAUAUGCGAGAGCUGCAAUCGGUAAUCGCAGAUGUGAUGUCAGUGGACUACGGGGAGGUACAGAUCGACACAACAUUCAACAAACUAUGUGCGGGAACCGAAAUCGAUCUUACGCUGCGAGCAGGGGACCACGGCGAUGACUCUGGUAACAUUCCUGAUCUUUCCGUUGACUCAAGUGCGCUGACUAAGCUCGGAGGUCCUGGGGCAGCUCAAAUGCACGAGUACUCUGCAGGUACCUUCCGUAGCGACGGUUCAAGUGCCAAGGGAUUGCAGUGUGGUGCGGCCUACGUGUUCACCCGAGACCAGGCUCUAAGCACGUGGUCGGAGUACACGAAGCUAGCCCCACCAGCUGAGCUUAUUGGGAAUGUGCGUGAUUAUGGGGCGGCGGUUGCGCUUUCCGACCCGUUCGCAAUUGUGGGGUCACCAGGAGCCUUCAAUGAAGAGGGGCGUGCAUUCGUCUAUCAGUACAACGGUGUGGAUAGGUGGAAGCUUUUUCAAACACUAAGCGCAGCACCUAAUGUGAUUACGAGCGGUGAUCGGUUUGGGGAAGCUGUGGCGAUUUCGGGUACAGCGACCACCACCAUUGUUGUAGGGGCUCCAGGAUACGCCUCGAAGAGCGGUGCUGUGUUCGUGUUUGAUCUCGUGGGGGGCUAUUUCCAAAGCCGCCAAAUGCUGUUGACGGUGACUCCGGAAAUGCAACCAGGUGAUCGCUUUGGAAACGCAUUGGAUCUGGAUAUGCUUUCAACGUAUACGCUAGUGGUUGGUGCUCACCGCCAUACGUAUCAAAGUCCUGGCAUGCUGGACGCUGUAGACGGCGGUCUAGUACUUGUGUUUGUUCGUCGAAGUAGCACCGACAUCUUCUUCGUUCUGCAACAAGUACUCUAUGGAUCAGAUACACGCGCGCGCGAUCGGUUUGGAACGAGUGUGGCUGUGGCAAAAGACACGAUUGUUGUGGGAGCGCAUGAGCUGUACGAGGGAGCACGAACGAUUCGAAAGGCGGUGCAGGCCAUCACUACGAGCGCGCUAGAGAGUGAAGCAACCGGAAAGAUCCAGGGAGGCUCGUUUGUGUUGAGUUUCUUGCGGUCAAAUGCUGGAGAGGAUCCAACAAAGGUGACAACUCUGAAGCGGAUGCAGACGCGGCUGAUUGCGUGUGACAUCACUGUCUCGGGGUUGCAAGCAAUCUUGGAAACCGACUUUGAGCUAACAAAUGUAAUUGUACGGCGCGAUGGCCCGAGUACUGCCAACGGAUACACUUGGUACGUGACCUUUGCGGGAAGUUCAGGUGAAGUGCCUCUUCUCGAGGCUGACAGUACAGGGCUUACGGGAGGUGAAGUUACUGUCAAAUGGGUUAGUCGUUUGGCCCCCGUACUUCGAGGAAGUGCAUACGUUUUCACCCGAGAUGCAAACGGAAAGUGGACGGAGCAGGCUUCGUUCUUCCCUCGAGAGAAGCAAUACUUCGCAUGGUUUGGCUCGGCAGUUGCGAUCCACAAGCGUACGGCGGUUAUUGGAGCGCCCAACCUGGAUACGUACGUGUCCGGCAUCAAUUCUGGCGGCGCCUUCGUCUCAGACCUCGGAAUUAUGUCCCUGCGCUUCUCGGCUAAGACGUACAGUGUGCUGGAAGGCGACAGUUUGGACGUGACAGUGCAGCGGUGUAGUCGCUCUGGCGGCUUCUGUGCCAUGGACGUAUCGGCUGCCCCUCAACUUUACAUCGAGUAUGACACAGGCGACGCUUUUUCGGAUCGGCAGUCUGGAUCUCAAACGUACGUCCCGGUGAUCCCCCACAUCGGCCCAUACCGAAAGAUGUCGAGUCUUGAUGCUGCUGGUAGGCAGGGCUCAGCCUCAGUGUUCUUCGCGAAAGAUGUGAUGGGCCAAGAACCGUUCCCACAGAUAGGCAACGGGCGGUGGCUCAGCGCUGAUACUGUUGGGACAGCCAACGGCCGCAACCAGUUCUACGGCAGCAGCGAGCGUCGAUCGCUAUGGGUGGAUACACUAUUUGACUAUGCUGGAUCGUCCGACUAUUCGUCGAGCUCUGGAGAGCUUUACUUCGAUGGCGUGGAUGAUUUAAUGCACGCGUUUACGGUGCAGACGACGAACGACUUCGUGGUAGAAAACCCCGAUGAGACGGUAAUGAUGCGGCUAUCACUUCCUGGCAUUUGGCCCAGCGUCACGGGAGAUCUUUGGUCUACGCUCACAAUCAAGGACAACGGAGAUGGUGGCAGCGGCGCUCGCUCCUAUCUCGCGCACUUAAACCCGGACCCAGCCUUGGCCCAAGUACAGAGCGAGUUUAGUACUUCUGUGAGCGUUUUCAAUGCUGGCAACGUGGCUGCAGUUGGCGCACCUUCGGAGAAAUCGGACGGAGGCGUCAAGUGUGGAGCCGUGCACUUUUUCGUUCGUCGCAGUGGGUUUUGGGAGCGUGACGCGACUGUUUUCCCGUCCGAUUGCACGCCCGAUAUGAGGUUUGGGGCGUCCGUAGCUAUUGACGGGAGUCUUGGCCCGGUCCGAGCCAUUGUCGGUGCCCCGGGUGCAGACGCAGCGUACAUUUACCUCUACACGAGGGACGGUCUAACCCCGGCUGCAAGGUGGACUCAGGAGACACGGCUGGAUGAACCAACGCUACCCACGGACGACAUUAACCACAACUACGCAGGCGCAAAUGCCGUGACAAUCUUCGGUGACGUGGCGGUUGUCGGCGCUUCCGGGUUGGAGAAAGUGUUCGUGUACCAUCGAGGUAUCGACGGGCUUUGGAAACUCGUGUCAACGCUGCGCGCAAGUGACCGCGUUCAGUACCAAAUCCUGGAGCGGACUGUCGAGCAAGCGUAUGCCUUCGGAUACUCCCUGGAUAUGGAUCGCCGGACAAUCAUCGUCGGGGCCCCGUUCUCGGACGCAUGCGCCUUCACUGCGCAGCAGUACCAUAGUGCAGACUUCGACCGCCGCUACUUUGCGAAGGGCGCCGCCUACGUUUUCCAUCUCGAGGCCCAGGAGCAAAGAAUUGUUCUGCGCACGAGCAACCCCCUAACAGCGGGCACAUUCAGGUUAACUGCAACACGUCGAGGGAUUACAGGAAUCACGCGCGCCAUUAACUACGGUGCAACGGCAGCAGAGGUCAAGGCGGCGCUGGAAGGAACCAACGGCCAAGACGGAGACGGGUCGACCAUCGAGGCCUUGGGCUUUAGACUGCUUGAAGUUGGUCGCACUGGGUCAAUCGACCAGGGGUUUACGUGGAGCGUGACGUUCAUCGGAGAAAUCUUGUCGGUGCCGGUGCUGAGUCCGUCGUGGUCGGGCUACGGAUGCACUACAUGUAAGCCUUUCAGCAGCACGUUCAUCGCCGACCCAGCUCGCCAAAUUCUGGUCUCAGAGGCGAUUGUGGGCGCUGCCGGCUCGAGCGCUUUCACGACGACGACAUGGGAUUUCGAGACGGGCGAUCUAACGGGAUGGGUGGCCACGGGCACGGCUUUCGACCAACAGCCGACGUAUGGAGAUAACAGCUAUGCCCGUAUCAACACUUACAGGCAAGGCGGGACCCCAGGUGCCUCACCACGAGGUCAACGAGCUCAGCACGAAGGUCGCUACUGGGUGGGGACAUUCGAGUCGCGGCCGGGUGCAGGAAAGGCGACUACGGCAGCUCAAGUAGCAGCUCAAAUGUGUGGUUUCGCCAACGACGAGUUGUGCCGGGCGCCAAACUACAAGCUGCCAAGUGCGAGUGCCUCGGCGGGCACAACCCAAGGAGACGGCCCGCAAGGAACGCUUACAUCUCUUCCCUUCACCAUUGAAGGCCAGUGGAUGUCGUUCCGCGUCGGCGGUGGCUGCGACGUUCGCUUCGUGUACGUGGAACUGCUGAUCGACGGCCAGCCUGCCGCAGUAGCGGAGUCGGUGGCGGCUGAACAGGUCGCAGUUGAAGUCACCGCUGACGGAGCUGCUGCCACUACGUCGGCAGGGGACAGCAUCCGACCCGUGACUGCAACGUCGAAGCUGAGAGCCACAGGUCGGUGCCAGGAAAGCAUGCACACAGUCACGUGGGACUUGAGCGCCUUCCAGAACCGCUCAGCGCAGGUGCGAAUAGUCGAUGCAUCCAGCAACGUGGUCUGGGGACACAUCAACUUCGACGACGUGCGGUUUUCGUGGGGAGCCACGCGGGUGGCGCAGUCGUCGACAUCGAAGGCUGGCGCCGCCUACACUUUCCGUCGCCGCGCUCCAGGCGCCGCGUUCCCAACUGCCAAGUGUGAAGGCAUGAAUCGUUGGAACUGCGAGUGGGAGUUCCAAGCGCGCCUUGCCGCCAGUGAUAAGCGCAGCGAAGAUCUCUUCGGGUCUAGUGUGGCGGUUGAUGACGUCCAAGGUAUUGCGGUGAUCGCUGCACCUGGUCAACCCGGUGUGGACGCCAACAACUCAAUUGAUCGCGUGCUGAGCGAUGGCCUCGACGUGAGCAAAGGGGGACUGGCGGCUAUGGAGCAGGUGGGGAGCAUCUACGUGUUCCGUCGCUCCGACGAGGUGCGCGACGGCGCGGGUGUGCUGCUGCGCACACCCAAGUGGACCCCCAAGGAGGUGGCCAAGAUACAGUAUCCCCAAAAGCAGCGCCAAUCUCGCUUCGGAGCUGCUAUGGACGUGGACGGCAGCGACUUGGUGGUGGGGGCGCCAGGGUUCUCGAUAUCUCCCGUGCUACCGCAGUCCGGCCGAGCGUUCGCGUACGAUCUGUCCAUCGCAGGGGUCAAGUUCACAAGCCCGUGGUUCGCCUGCAUCGAGGGGAAUCCGGACGGCCUCGUAGGACUCACGCUGUCGCGCUCAGCAGCGACGAGCAACUUGACUCGACCCCUCACUGUUGGCUACGCGACGGAGGACCGGUCCGCAGUGGGCGUGGACGCGUUGAAGUUUUCCGCCUGCCUCAAGGUGCCGUCCACGCAGCGCAAGAACUGCGGAGACUACCAGCAAAGUGCGGGCGAGGUGACGUUCGCGGCCGGAGAGACGUCCAAGCUGGUGACGAUCCCCAUCAUGGAGGACACUUGUCUGGAGCAGUGGGAGAAGCACUUCGUGGUGCGUCUGCACGUCCCCGGGGGUGAACCGCUGCUAGGAGAGGACUUCAUAGCGCGCGUGCGCAUCGACGACGACGACUUCGGCAGCGACCCGUGCUAA